UGUCUUCUUCAUCUUCUUCUCUCCUCUUCCUAUCCUCUUUCUCUGCUACUCGAUCUCUCUCAUCUGUCUCACUGUACGUCGCACGCAAGAUGCCAUCAUUUUGCUGGGAUGCCCUAGCUAAUUACCCAACCCAACAACCUUAGCUCCACACAAUGGCUAAACGCGAACUCAUCCCUCCCAUCACCUUCGAGCUCCUCCUUCCUCUCUCCGUCAUCGAUCUCACUCCCUCGCCUCCGUCCAUCUCCCGCCGCCGUCGCCGAAACGAGCUUCGAAGCCACCGUCGUUAUCGUGCAGCUUUGUUCCACCAUUGUGCAGCUACUGUUUCAGCUUUGAAAGCACCGUCGCGCAGCUCGGUUCCAUCGUCGCCGGGCUCGCCUCCUUUUUCCGUCGAGCAGCUCUGUUCCAUCGUCGCCGGCGCUAUCUCUGUUCCACCUGUCAUCCCUUCGGUCGUGCCCUUGUCCCCCUCUUGCCCAGGAUCUACUCUGCUCUGUUCUAGGACUUCUAGCUUCUAGGCAAAUUGAUCUUGGCUUUGAAGCUGAGCUCCUCAAUUUCUUCCUUGGAUGCCUAACUAUUCAACUCAUGAAGAUCAACUUGAUGCUCUCCAUCCGUUGGAGUCAGUUAUAGCUGUUAUAGUUUGUUAGUGCCUGCUGGCAGUUAGUUAUCUCAGAGUGUACGGGUUUGUAUAUAAUCAUAUGAUCUCAGGUAUUGGACUUAAUUCCAUUCACAAUACAAACUCAGUUUUUGCAUUCCUUUACUUAUAUCUAUACUUCAGCAUGGAACUUCAUAUUGAACUUUGUCCGUCCAUAAAAGAAUUAAUAGGUGAUUUACAUUAUCAAUUCCGAAAUUAUUUUUGAAUACUUGUUCACUGAUGGCUAAAGAUGUGAAAACCAAUUAACCUGAGACCAAUCUAGAAUCCGUCGUACUAGUAGAUAAUAGAAGCCCCCCUUAUUAACCUGAGACCAUAGCCCCAAAGAUCUAUGGGUUUGCCACCGCAUCAACCAUGAAACCAACCCAAUGGAGCUAUAAGUUUGUGGGCUCAAAUCAUUACUUUAGUACUUCUUUUUUAAUAUAAGAUCUUCAAUAUUCAUGAUUAUAUUUUCUACUGUAGAUCCUGGAGGUGGAAUCAACCAAAUUUCAGGGGAAUGUACUAUUUCAGGAGAUGUUAGGUUUAUGCUCUAGGAAAUUACAAUCAAUCUAGAUUUUUCUUUUAGGAAUGGUUUUGAUAUGGCAUUAGUGAUGUUUUUAUUUUGUGUGUUGCAGGUUAACCCCAUUUUACAAGUAAGCAACAUCUUAUAAUAUGGCCAAAGUUGUGCUCUUUUUGGAACUUUGGAUCCAAUUUUUUAUUCUUUGUUUUACUAGUAUAUUUCAUUUGCAAAGUAAUUCUCUAAAGGUAGAAGAAAACAUGUGAGAUUCAGAUAUUUCAAUGAUUUUUCAAGCAUAUCCUGCGGUCUAAUACUUUGUUCAGUGUGAAGGAUGUAGUGACAAAGCUGCAAGAAUAUGUGGACAACAUUAAUCUCAACAUACAUAAGCUAGAAACACGGGGUCCUGUUUCAAAAUAUGUCUUGCCUGAUGAUGACUUAAGGGGAAGGUUUGACUUAUUUAUCCUCCACUAUAUAUAGCUAUUAAGGUUUGGAUCCCUUGAUUUUUAAUUUUCACGUAUGUGUAGCUAUUAAGGCUUCCUUUGCAUUCUUCUACAACCUUACUCUAACUUUUGAUGAGGAAAAUUAUGGAAUAGCUUGUGAUCUUAAUUCCAAAGGCUACCAUGUUUUGUCCAAAGCAACUGAAGUAGUUGGGCAUGUGAAGCCUUACUCAAUUACUGGAAGUUUGCCACUCAUUCGGGAGCUACAGGAUGAAGGUUUUGAUGUCCAAACUACUGGAUGGCCUUCCUAAGAACAAAUUUAUACACGUUGAAUCUUGAUGUAGAUAAGAAACAAGUUACUCACUUGCAUUUCAUGUUACUAUUAGGUCUAAUGGCUACAUACCAUGCCCAGAAUGAGUACUGCUUGAUUGAUAGACUUUGGCAGAGUCAAACGAUAUAGUUUCACUGAAAUUUUGGGUGAUGAUUGGAUACAAAAGCACACAAAAAAAUUCCAGCAAAACCUUGAAGACUAUCAAAGAAGCUCAUGGAAUGAGGUGCUAGGCUUGUUGAAGCUAGACAACAACAACGAAUCACUGGCAAAAGAUGUAGAAAUUGAGUCCAUGAAAGAGAAGUUAAAGUUGUUCAACAUUCAAUUUGAGGAAAUAUGUUGCACUUAGUCUAAAUGGUUUGGCAGCUAUGAAAUACGGAAAGAGAUAAUAGUAUCCGUAGAAAACAUGUUGUUGCCGGCAUAUGGAAGCUUCGUUGGAAGGCUCCAGGAUGUUCUUGGCAAAGCUUCUUAUGACUAUAUACAGUAAGGAAUGCUUGAAAUUAAAGCUCGGCUCAACCUUGGAAGAAUUGAUAAGGGAGGAGGAGAAGAAAAAAGAGAAAAUCAACAGGAAGGACUAUUGGUUGCGUGAGGGAAUCAUUGUUAAGGUUAUGAGCAAGGCCUUGGCAGAGAAGGGGUACUACAAGCAAAAGGGUGUGGUGAGAAAGGUGAUUGACAAAUAUGUUGGGGAAAUUGAUAUGCUUGAAAGCAAGCAUGUGCUGAGAGUCGAUCAGGAAGAGCUUGAAACUGUGAUUCUACAAGUUGGGGGCCGUGUAAAAAUUGUCAAUGGUGCAUAUCGUGGAUCAACUGCGAAACUUUUGGGAGUGGAUACGGAUCAUUUUUGUGCAAAGGUGCAGAUAGAGAGAGGUGCCUAUGAUGGCAGGGUACUCAAAGUUGUGGAAUAUGAAGACAUUUAUAAAAUAGCACAAUGAGUUUGAUGAGAAUAAUAACCAAGUGAUUUUGUGUUAAGUUGGUUGAAUAACAUUGUUUGUUCUUAUGUAUCUGUCUGUAGUUUAUCAGUUUUAUCUAUAUGUGAGAUCAGUCAUGUCGAUAAUCUUCUUGAUUAAUGAACUUCUACAAUGUUAUACGUGCAAUUAAAUGAUUAAUGAACUUCUUGAUUUAGAACGUAAUGGUUCAA